AUCUGACCGCUAUAUUGAUCAAGUUAGAUUUUAUAAGGACGCACGUUGAUAAGAUCUUUCGUAUUUGCUAGUUCCGCGAAAAGUUUUUUGCGAUUAUAACAUUUGUUGUGACAGAUUUUGGCAAUAAGUUCUUUCAUUCGGUCAGCGUCGUAAUUGUUCGCCUAUGACGUCAUUUGUGCAUUACACAAGCGUCAUCGCUUAGUCUGUUUUGUGGAAAAUUUUUAUAGGAUUCGUGGUGUGUGGAGUAGAACCGAGUCGUCUGUAUUAUCUUUUUUGUUGUGUUUUUUUUUUUGGUUAAACACAGGUGCAAAAGUAAUUUCGUACUGUGCGCAUAUUUUUUCUCCUACCUGUGAAAGUUACGCGACAGUGUUUUCACUCGCGACCAAGUCACUUUCGGAGUUAAGCGAAGUAACACAGUGUUAUUUAUCUCCCAUCAUACAUCAUUGCACCAAAUCUGUAUUUAUUAUGGAGCGACAGUAACAUAUUUCUUAAAAUAUAAAAAAAGGUGCUACAAGUUUAUAUCAAGAUGUCCAUGCAACAAUUUUGUUUGCGAUGGAACAAUCAUCAACCAAACUUCAUUUCUGUGUUCUCAAAUUUAUUAAAUAAUGAAACAUUAGUGGACGUUACUUUAGCUGCCGAAGGCAGACAUCUCCAAGCACAUAAAGUCGUACUAUCGGCAUGUAGUUCGUACUUCCAAUCGUUAUUCACAGUUAAUCCAUGCCAACAUCCGAUCGUUAUACUCAAAGAUGUUAAAUUUUCUGAUCUCAAAAUUAUGGUAGAUUUUAUGUAUUACGGUGAAGUUAACAUUUCUCAAGAUCAAUUGCCAUCGAUUAUUAAAACAGCAGAAAGUUUGAAGAUAAAAGGUCUUGCAGAAAUGCAUACAGCUUCAUUAACUAAAUGGCCAAGUAGUAGUAGCGAACAAGGAGCUGCCGAUCGUGGAGAAUCCUGUUCUCCUAGUCCAUCUCCUCUUUCUCCAUCCUUCAGACGAAAGAGAUUGAGAAAAACAUCAACAGGAUCGACAUCUGGAUCUGGAGACAAAACGGAAGAAAUUAACGAGAUUACAUUGGUUGCUACUAACAUUGUAAAACCUGAACCAUUGAUCGUAUCUCAAGAAAGCAGCGAAAACGUAAGGCGACCGGUGAACACAAGCACAGAAUCACAAGGAAGUAUCGACGAAGAUCAAAUAUCAAUAAUGAGUAACAUGGAAAGUAGUUCUACAACAAUGCCGGCACAAAGUGAUACCACAAUACAAAAUGUGAAUCAACAAUCGAGUGGAAAUGUAGCACAAAGUUCUGUUUCUUCUCAACCACCAGCACAUCAAGCUCUUCAAUACAAAUUGGCUGGAUCAAAGAGAGGUCGUUUAUUGAUGCGUCAACCAAGAGUGAAAAAGGAACCAUCUCAUUUGUCUCCGGACAACGAUCCAAAUUCACCCCACAUCGUUUCCUCGUCAAUUCAUCUGACAGCACAAACAUUGAACGUUCCUCAGUUGUCACGUACCUGGGAAGAAUCAAGGAGUUCACCACCACCUUCUAUCUUGGUCACACAAUCGAAUCUUUUAACAGUGACGACACCGACAAAUCUAUUGAGCGUUCCUCAACCAUCCUAUUUGACGAAACAACAUUCGCAUCCACUUUUGUCGAGUCAACAAUCAAGUACCAGUGGCAAUUACUUGAUACAAAGGCAACAUUCGAAUCCUGAGUUUCCCGGAAGGACUACGAGUCCAUCGAUAGUAGUAGAACCAGCACCGCUUGUUAAAACGGAAGAGGAUGUCAAAGAUAUUAACGUUAGCGAGGAACCUAUAUUGACUACGACGAAUGCUGGAAGUAGUAGUGCCGGUAGCAAUAUCAGUGGCAACAAUACUCAAUCUGGUGGACUAAGGAUCAAAACAACUGAACUUAGGCGGAGUUCCUCUUCGCCUCAGACAACGAGCAGAGAAUCCAGAGAAGGUACGGGCGAUCAACGAUUAGGUCAUUGUCCAGUAUUACGUCCUGGUCCAGCUUUAGGUUGCAAUCAUUGCUGGAACACUAUGGAUGCUCAUAGAAGAAUUUUAAGAAGAAAAACCAAGUACCAUUGUCCAGAAUGUCAAAUCAAUUUAUGCAUCGUACCCUGUUUUCAAGAAUUUCACGAACAACGUCGCGAAUUGAUAUCGAAAUUGAAACCCUUACCAAAAACUAGUUCGGUUUAAUAUAAUACCUUUUUCUUUUUAAUUUUUUUCUUUUCUUUUCUUUUUUCCGUUCUUUUUUUCUUUUUUCUUUUCUUUUUUUUUUUUUUCCUUUAAUUUAUUUUAUUCCCGUAGGAUAAACUCGGCGGAUUUAUUUGCUACGUGUAUUAUAUGUAUGUAUGUAUGUGUGUAAGCGCACGCUUUAAAUGUAUAAUCGCGUCGAAUGUGAAAAAGUCAUCAAUUGAGAAAAAAUUGCAUCAAUUGAGAGAAACCCUUUUUUCUACGACGAAAUAAUUAUCUUUCGGCUCUAUAUUGGAAGUAACGUUUAAUAAAAAUAAUAAAGAAAAAAGAAUAAAUAAAUAUUAAUAAAUAAUAAUAAUAAUGAUAAUGAUAAUAUAAUAAUAAUAAUAAUUAUAAUAAUAAUAAUAACAAUAACAAUAAUAAUAACAACAACAAUAAUAAUAAUAAUAAUAAUAAUAAUAAUAAUAAUAAUAAUAAUAAUAAUAAUAACUCGUCCUCGUUACACAGGGAGCUAGUCAUUUUUUAAAUAAAUUUCGAACUUCGACCACUACAUUUAUAUUACAUCGUAGGUGUAUAUAUACAUACAUACAUACAUACAUGUAUAUAUAUGUAUGUAUACACACACAUAUAUAUACAUAUAUGCAUGUAUGUAUGUAUGUAUGAUGUAUGUAUAUAUGUGUGUAUGUAUAUGUAUUUUACGUAUUUUCUAAAUUACUGCGAACAUUUCUUCAUUUUUUUUCAUUUUUAUUCAUUUUUUCAUUUUUAUAUUUGAUGACAUACGUAUGUAGUUUUUCAUUUCGAAAUAUGGUUCAAGAACUAUACAUAAUCCCAAUAGAUAUAUACAUAAUGGCGGAUUUAGGUAUAGGCGAUGGAGUCUCGCAAGAUAGGUGCCCUCACGUGACAAUAUAAAAAGAUUUAUAUUAUAUAAUACAUAUAUAAUUAAAUGUUACCAAUGACAGGUGCCCUCACGUGAUAAUAUAAAAAGAUUUAUAUUAUAUAAUAAAUAUAUAAUUAAAUAUUACCAAUAGCAGAUAUAUAAUUUCUUUUUGUAUCUAUAUAUGCGACUAUAAAAACGAAUUAGGACAGUGUGUUUUUCAUUUCAUCAUCAUUUGCACGAAUAGUUAAAACGGUGAAAUAUAUAUUGUGAAUAAUUGAUUUAUUUAAUGGAGGUCUUCCUAUCGCUAAAAAAAAUUUUUUUUAAAUAAUUUUUUAGUCUCAAAUUUUUUGCAGACUAAAUUCGCCAUUGUAUGUAUAAUAUAUAAAUUGUUGAAAUUUAUCUUUCUGUCAAGAGAAAACGAUGGAUACACAUAUACACGUAAAUACACAGCUAACCAAAUUUGUUAUUAACAAAAGUUCCUACGUACAUCGUUAAUGUGGGUGAUCAUUUUAGGUAGUAGAGUAUUAGACAUUUUUUUUAACAAAAUUACGACUACGAUCGUGAUUUACGUAUACGUGACAUUUUUCGUCGUUCUCCAAUAGUACAAGUUAUUUGUUCGAUGACUUAAUAAUAUGUAUAUAUAUAUGUGUGUGUAUAUAUAUAUAUAUAUAUAUAUAUAUAUAUAUAUAUAAUAUAUAUACGUAUAUAUAAUAACAUUUUUAUUAUUACAUCAUUUGUGCACAAAGUAAAAAGAAAAAGGAAAAAAACAAAAAGAAUAUAUAUAUAUAUGUAUAUAUAUAAUAUGUAAUAUAUAAUGAAUUUGCAUUAGGAAGUAGGACAUUCUCCGUUUCUUGAAAACAUGCACGUAACAUUUUUCUGGAUAUCGCGUAACGUGACUAAUGAUAAAACCUAUUUUUUUAUUUUAUAUAUUUUGUUUUUUUUCUCUAUUUACUUGGAUGUACAAACACAAAUACAUACGCGCACACACACACACACAUACACACGAAGAUAGUACAAUACUUAUGUUUUUUUGUCACGACUCGACGGUGUAAUAUAAUAACAGAAUACUCUUAGUGUUUUAUUGAUUUUUUGCGUGCAAACAUUUCUCAAACAGUGUGGAGUGCUACUACUAUGAUCUAUACAUUUUAACGACCCUCGAAUGCAAAAUUACAAAAAAAAAUAAAUAAAUAAAAAAAAAAUAAAAAAUAGAAAAAAGAAAAUAGGAUAUGAUGAAAAAAAUAAUAGAGAAUCGAAAAUUAUUUCUUUGAAAUAAAAUCGAGGUAAAUCGACCAAAUUUAAUAUCGAUAUAGAUAUAGAUAAGUACAUAUACUGGAUGAUGUUUUUUAAUUGAAACACUUAAAUUUAUCUCAAAAACAACGAAUUUUAGAAUUUUUGAAGAUGAAAAUAAAAGUUGUUUGGUUUUGGAGAUUCUGAAGUGGGGAGGAGAGUGGUGAUAAAAAACUGGGAUAAAAAAUGCUUCGGACGAAGGUUGUUCGUUUUCUCGUGUAAGAUAAGAUGCUAUUUAGAAAGAUUAUAGAUUUUUAUUUGAAAAAAUAAAAAAAAAAUAAAGUUGAUCUAGAAAUAAACUCGAGAAUGUCCACUUAAUCAGAAAAAAAUAAUGUUAUGUUUGUCCCUCUCCCUAUUCCCCACUCCCAUAAAAAAAACCAAACAAAUUUUAUUUCAAACUUACUUUCAAAAAAAUUCGUUGUCUUGGAGACUACUUAAGGGUCUUAAUGUAUAAAACAAAAUUUACCUCGUAUAUCUAUAUGUAUGAUUUUCUAAUGUAAAUAUUGACAUUUCAUAUGUUUAAUAACUUUCUCAGCUUCUAUCUUCUUUAGCAUAUAGAUUAGAAAGUUGAGUUAGGAAUCUUUAGUGCAUUUGGGGGUUGCGUGUCUCAUGUCUGGAUAAAAAAGGAAGGAGGAAGAGAACGUUGAGUUUUUAAUUAGCAAAGCAGAUUUUUCAAGUUUUAAGAACCAGUGGAUGCCUGUCUAUGAAACAGGAAAAUGUUCGAUAUACAUGGUGGUUGCUGUUGUUGUUGUUGUUAAAACGAAUUCAUCUAAUAAAUCUUAAGAAAGGA